CCCGUGAGUUGUUUGAGGUGCGCAGUUUUGGGAACUGUAAGGAUUCUGGCUCGACAAGGCUUCAUUGGUGUGACGUAACUGCGAGAGCCAUAAUGCGCAAUGACCCACUGCAAGCUUUCCUUCAGGAUCGGACGCCAAACUCCACCCCAGAACCCAUUAAAGGAUCCCCCUUGAUGUUGCUGGAAGACACCUGUAAUCGCAUCUGCCAUUCCCGUGCACCCAGAUCCAUGGAGCACCAGCACAUCUCAUAUGAAGGCUGCCCACCAAAGCUCUUCCAUCCCUGGAGAAGUGAUUCAACUUUCUCACAGCACCUCCAGACCCCGUUAAGUCCACACCACGAACUGCCACUGACAUCCCCGGCCGAGCACUAUGACUUCUCGCCCCUGAAGAUGUUGCCUUGUGCGUCAGCAUGCGCUACUCUUCCCACGUCUUACGUGCCCACGCACAAUGGACUUUUGGACCAAUGGUGGACUCCAAAUCACUCCUCAACACAUCAAUUUGAGAUCCCCCGCGGGUGGGUUCUGGGUCACCCUGAGCUCGGACAGUACCAGACUCAAAUCGCAACCCUGUUGCACUCCAAGUCUCGCAGAUGCCGGAGGUGCAUGUGCCCCAACUGCCAAAAGAGCAGCCACGCGCCGGGGAAGAGAAAGCAGCACGUGUGCCACAUGCCGGGCUGCGGGAAGGUGUACGGCAAGACGUCGCACCUGAAAGCGCACCUGAGGUGGCACGCAGGUGAGCGGCCGUUCGUCUGCAGCUGGAUGUUCUGCGGGAAGAGCUUCACGCGCUCGGACGAGCUCCAGCGGCACGUGCGCACGCACACCGGCGAGAAGCGUUUCACCUGUCCGGACUGCGCCAAACGCUUCACGCGCAGCGACCAUCUAGCCAAACACCUGAAGACGCACCUGAUGCGCAAGAACAGAGCGCUGUUCCCGGUGCUGGAGCACGUCAACAAAACUCUUGAACACAAGUCUUAGAUCGAAUUUUGUGAACACUUUUUGUCAGUAAAUAUAAAAUGUUGGGAUGUGUUUUUAAUUCAAGUUAAUCUUUUAUUUGGGGCAAGUUGUCACAUUUGUUUGUAAAUGUUAUACUUGUGCAUAUUUUCG